GAGGGUAACACCCGCGUCGAUCGCGAAACAAAAAAAAUAUAAAAAUUUUCACGUAACCAAACUACUAACAGUGAAUAACGAACUAUAAUAAAAUUAUAAUUAAACAAAAAGCGCUGAUACAGUACAAAAGCAAUCAUGGGCUCCAUGUUCCGGAGCGAGGAGAUGGUCCUCUGUCAACUCUUCGUUCAGCCGGAGGCGGCCUACGUCUCCAUGUACGAGCUAGGAGAAGCUGGUAUUGCUCAAUUCCGAGAUUUGAAUCCACACGUAAAUGACUUCCAAAGAAGAUACGUAAGUGAAGUUCGUCGCUGCAGCGAGAUGGAACGCAAGCUGCGAUGGGUGAGCGGAGAGCUACCGGAGCCUCCUCCUCCGCCCAUACCCUCGCGACGGAUGCUCAGUCCACGAGAGAUCAAUAUGCUAGAGGAAAAAAUUGAUUACAUCGAAUCAGAAAUCCAAGAGAUGACAAAGAACGCUCGAAAUCUCAAAAGCGACUACCUCUCCUUGAUAGAGCUGAAACUUCUUAUAGAGAAAACACAGACCUUCUUCCAAGAUCACAGCGCUCAGAGGAAACUGUCGGCCACCGUUCAGAUUUACAACAAUGACGCUGUUUUCGGGCACCUCGGCUUCAUCGCGGGGACAGUGGCCACUUCCAGGGUGCCGUCGUUUGAGAGGAUGCUAUGGAGGAUAUCGCACGGGAACAUAUUCUUCAAACAGGCACAGAUCGAUCAGCCUCUAAAAGAUCCCAUCACGGGUCACGAACUACAAAAGACUGUCUUCGUAGUAUUCUUCCACGGUGAGCAGAUCAAGUUGAGAGUGAAGAAGGUCUGCUUUGGGUUCAAGGCCACUCUGUACCCAUGCCCUGCGACGUAUAAGGACCAACAAGAAAUGCUAUCUGGAGUCGAAACGAGGAUCAAGGACUUAGAAAUGGUACUAGACCAGACAGAACAGCACAGACGGUUGGUCCUUACCAAUAUAGCAGGAGACAUCAGCACGUGGAUGCUGGCCGUGAGGAAGGAGAAGGCCAUCUACCACACGCUCAACAUGUUCAGCAUGGACAUAAUUAAGAAAUGCCUCAUCGCUGAAUGCUGGGUUCCAAAAAGUGAUCUUUACAUUGCCCAGAAAGCUCUGGAUGAUGGAGUGAAAGCAAGUGGCAGUCCCAUUCCAUCCAUCCUCCACCACGUGCCAACCAGAGAAAUACCACCCACUUUUAACAGAACCAACAAAUUCACGAGAGGAUUCCAGACUCUUAUUGAUUCCUAUGGAAUCGCCAGCUACAGAGAAGUAAAUCCAGCGCUAUACACAAUCAUAACAUUCCCGUUUCUGUUCGCCGUCAUGUUCGGCGACGUAGGCCAUGGACUUAUCAUGACGGCCUUUUCUGCGAUCAUCGUUAUAUACGAGAAGAGACUCUCGAAGAAUAAAUCAGACAACGAAAUAUGGAACAUUUUCUUUGCCGGACGAUACAUUAUCUUACUGAUGGGAAUAUUCUCUGUCUAUACCGGUUUGAUCUACAACGACAUGUUCUCGAAGUCUCUGAAUCUGUUCGGAAGUAGUUGGAUGAACGUUUACGAUAAUGAAACCCUUGCGAAUCAUAAAGCGUUGGAAUUGGAUCCGGCUGUGGCCUACACACAAACGCCAUAUCCUUUCGGCUUGGACCCGGCAUGGCAGUUCGCCACGAACAACAUUAUAUUUUUGAAUUCAUUCAAAAUGAAACUGUCCAUUAUAUUCGGCGUACUGCACAUGGCGUUCGGUGUGACAAUGAGUGUGGUAAACUUCAAUUUCUUCAGGAAGCCGGAAAUGAUUUAUCUCCAGUACGUGCCGCAGAUUCUGUUUCUGAUGCUGCUGUUCUGGUACCUCUGUAUAUUGAUGUUCAUGAAGUGGACCAUGUACUCCGCCACGGCGACAGACCCGACAUACGGUACGUCUUGUGCCCCAUCAGUCCUAAUAACCUUCAUCAACAUGAUGCUGCUGAAGGGCUCUGAGGACAGCCCUCCGUGUAAGGCGAUGAUGUUCGACGGCCAGGACGCAUUGCAGAAGUUAUUCUUGACGCUUGGCUUCCUUUGCAUUCCGAUAAUGUUAUUCGGGAAACCGGCAUUCUUGUUCUGGAAAGCCCGUAAUCAGAAGCGCCACGAGGUGGGCGGGGAGCGCGGGGAGGUGCCGGCGGGGGGCGGCGGGGGUGCGGGGGCGGCGGGGGAGCUGCUGAUCACGCAGGCGAUACACACCAUAGAGUACGUGCUGGGCACCGUCUCGCACACCGCCUCCUACCUGCGCCUCUGGGCCCUCUCCCUCGCGCACGCACAGCUGUCGGCCGUGCUGUGGCAGCGGGUGCUCCGCUACGGCCUGGCCAGGAGUCUGGCGGGCUCCGUCACCAUGUACGUGGGGUUCGCGGUGUGGGCCUUCUUCACGCUCGCCAUCCUCGUGCUCAUGGAAGGACUGUCUGCCUUCCUGCACACGCUGCGGUUGCAUUGGGUCGAGUUCAUGAGUAAGUUCUACGACGGACAAGGAUACGCUUUCAUGCCGUUCUCAUUCGCGGCCAUCAUAGAGCACGACGACGAGCAACUGGCGCAAAAUGGCGCGCCGCCCGAGAAGAAAGACGAAGAAUAUUAACUUAUAAUAUAUGUAGCUACAUUAUGAUAUAUAGAAAUUUAAAAAACCAAAGAGAUUCCGAAUUGCUCGGAUUUUAGUUAAAAAUAUCGAGCGUAUUUAGAGGCCCUUUGAGGGCAUAGAUUAAUUUAAAUGUCUCGGAAAUUUUAUUAAGAAUGGCAAUGAUUUUUUUAAUUUAUUUAUUUGAAUGAGAACAAUCAGACAAUCGCUACAGAACAAACCGCAGUGUGUGUUCAGACGCGGCGCAGGUAAGACGUUCAUUCUCUGAGUACGAUCACUCGUAACGAUUCAAUGUUUAAUGGAAGACAUCGUAACGAACAGACACCCCAAAAUUAGUUUUUCAUGUACCGCGAAUACAUAAUUACAAAGCAGCUAAUAGAUUAUAGAUAUCUCUGAAACUGAAACCAAAGUCUUACACUUUUAGCUAGAUUUUAUCUCUGUCUUUUAAUCUAAAAUAAUAAUAGCUAAAAAACAUUCAAAGUACAAAAUUAACUAGUUGUGGGUAGUAAAUAUAUAAACGUAAACAUUGCUAUAUGGUGUUUUGUGUAAGUCGCAUUAUAGUGGUAUCAGGAGAGAAUUGGGUUGCCAUCGCGCUGUUAUACUUGAGAUUAACUAUAAAGGUACCAAAAGACAGAUUUAUCCUUCUGCCACUGCCGCUAUAUGAGCUCGUCUACUUUAAGUAUCGAUAUAAGAAUAUCUUACAACUAUAUUUAACCAAAUAUAUGAUGAUAACAAUGAUAAACAAAGGUAUUUUAUUAAUGUAUUCACCAGUGCAUUUUAAUGAUUCUCUUUUACGAAGGAUUUACGUGUGACGUGAUUGAUAGUGACAAAUAAGGUUAGUCUAGGCCGCAGACAUCUGAAUUCCGGAUUCGGUUUCCUUAUCCGGAAUUCCUUGUUCGGACGCUAGAAUCCAGAAAAUGAAACAAAAUGCUCAACACAGAGCACACGUUCAUAAAUUUUAAUAACGGGACGUGAAUAAUGUAACGAUACGGAAUUUCUGACACGGAAACCUAAUAAGGAAUCCAGGUGUUUGGGAUCGGUUUUAGACACUGACAAAUAAUACGUAUUGUCUAAAAAUGUACGGUGACUUUAGCAUAGAAAUGAAAUUUGACCAAUUUAAUGAAUGUAAAUUAGUCAUUUCGGACAACUGGGUUCCAUAUUGAGUUCAAAAUGGAGCUUACAUCAAAUAGAAAUGCGUUAACAAAACUAUAAUACAAUUCUUAAUAAAAUAUGAUUAUGAAUCGCUUCAUUUUUUUAAAUUUGAACGCUUUUCAAAUUUCGAGAUUUCGUCUUUAUUAAACACCGCUUUCUAUUAAAAAAAAAAUUAUAAAUAAUAGUGUUUCAAAGAAAGAUUAUGUGAGAUUUUGUUGACUUGUAAUGUAAGUUUAAAUGUCCCAACGCCAGGCGAAAAUGUCUGCUUUCUCGAUUAUAAUUUAAUAUUCCAAAAAUUGGUAGGCUUGGCUCUGCCCCUGACAUUGCUGAAGUCCAUGGGCGACGACGACGGUAACCAUUCACCAUCAGGUGGGCCGUAUGCUCGUCUGCCUACAUGGGCAAUAAAAACUAUAUUUAAAAAAUAUAUAUAUAUAUAUAUACCAUCGGAACAAUUUACGGAAAAUACGGAAAAUUAUCGGGAAGAAAACUCGAAUUAUAAACUUUAGGCCACAUAUUUGUUUACUAGAUGCUUGUGACAAUACAUUAAGCAAGAAUCACACAUUAUUCAAGUCAAUCGUCCGACAAGACAGCAAAUAAAAUUGUGAUAUAUAGCUACCUACAGU